GCACCAUUCAGCGCCAUUUUUGCAGAAAGAGAGGCCACUUAAGGCGUGUGUGUUUUAAAGCAAGAUCUACAAUGAAACAAAUAUCUGACGGCGAAGUCAGUGGAAAGGAGGACUCAGAGCAAGAAGUGUGUAAGAUGGAAAGUAAUGGACAGAGCCCCAGCAUACGGGAUAAAAUUCUAUGUACAUUGGAAGUAAAUGAUCGUAAUAUCACAUUUGAAGUUGACACGGGAGCGCCGGUCACCAUCAUAAGUCUUGCCGAUGCGUACAAAUAUUUUUCGAAGAAAAUACGAAUUCAUGAACCAGAUUUGGAACUCUAUAGUUAUUGCAAGACGCCUAUAGAUUGCGCGGGAUACAUAUGGGUGAAAGUAAGAGCCAAAGACAUAACAAAAGUCAAAAUGUAUUUAGUACGGGCCAAUCGGAAACCAUUGCUGGGAAGAGAGUGGCUGCGGUUAGUUAAAUUGGACUGGCUGAAGAUGUUAAAAGGAAAGAGUGUGUCAUCGGUAAGCGUAAACAAAAUUCAGGAGUCGGCGAAUUUGGAAGGUCAGUUAAGGAGUAUCUUGGAGAAAUAUCCAAAUUUAUUUUCGAAGUCAGUGGGCAAAAUUAGGGGGUUUCAGGCGCGUUUGAAUAUUAAAACCGAUGCUGUCCCGAAAUGUAUGAAGGCGCGACGAGUACCUUUUCCACUGUUGCAGAGAGUGGAAGAUGAAUUAGAUGACCAAGUAAAAGCUGGAUUAUUGGAAAAAGUGGAACGUAGCGAGUGGGCUACACCAAUCGUGGUGGUCAGAAAGAAAGAUGACAAGAUACGAAUUUGUGGAGACUACAAGAUAACGAUCAAUCCGGUCUUAGUGGUGGACAAGCACCCAUUGCCUACAGUCGACGAAUUGUUUAGUACAAUGGCAGGCGGUGAAAAAUAUUCGAAGAUUGACUUGUCCAAGGCAUAUCUGCAGUUAGAAGUACAUCCAGAUGACCAAAAGUUCUUAACCCUGAGCACACACAAAGGAUUAUUUCAACCAACAAGAUUAAUGUUUGGCGUUGCUAGCGCCCCGUCUCAGUGGCAAAGAUUAAUGGAGCAGUUAUUAGCGGAUAUACCGGGUGUUAAGGUGUUCCUGGAUGACAUUAAAAUAACAGCCAAGGAUGAGAGGACACACUUAGACCGGUUAGAAGAGGUGUUAAAAAGAUUAGACCGAUACAAUAUGCGAAUAAAUCUUGCUAAGUCGGAAUUUCUGCGAGAGAGUAUUGAGUAUUGUGGUUAUGUGAUUGAUCGACAAGGAAUUCGUAAGAUACCAGCCAAGAUUAAGGCUAUUCAAGAAAUGAGAUAUCCGGCAACCAAGGACGAAGUUCGAUCAUUUUUGGGACUAGUGAAUUAUUAUGGUCGUUUUAUAAAAAAUUUGAGCUCUAUAGUUUACCCUCUAAAUCGAUUACUGCACAAAGAAGUUCCAUUUAAUUUUGAUGCUAAAUGUAAAUGGGCUUUCGAAGAAGUAAAGAGACAAGUGGGAUCAGAGGUGGUGCUGACACAUUAUGAUCCAAGAAAAAAAUUAACAUUGGCAGUGGAUGCGAGCCCUACGGGUGUGGGAGCCGUAUUGAGUCACGAAUUUGGCGAUGGAACGGAAAGACCUAUACAGUUUGCAUCGCAAACUUUAAAUGCAACACAGAGACGGUAUAGCCAAGUAGACAAGGAGGCAUACGCAGUAAUAUUCGGGGUAAAAAAGUUUUUCCAAUAUGUAUAUGGAAGGGAAUUUACUUUAAUUACCGACAAUAAAGCAAUAUCACAGAUUUUUGCGCCUGACAAGGGAUUACCGGUAUUGUCUGCAACGCGUAUGCAACAUUACGCAGUAUUCCUGGAAUCUUUUGAUUACAAGAUUCGUUUGCGUAAAUCUAAGGAGAAUGGGAAUGCAGAUGCGCUAUCGAGGCUUCCUGUAAAUGAAUGCAGAAAAACAAUCAGCGAGAUUGAUCAAAUUGAAAUGGAAUUAAUUGAGAAUUUGCCAAUCACCGUCAAGGAAUUAGGACAAGCCACAAAAAAAGAUGCGGAAGUAAGACGUUUAGUAGACAGUUUGUCAUAUGGCCGGAAAUGUGAUCCUGCCGACAGUUUUGGAAUCGACCCAUCCGAAUUUAGCUUGCAACAAGGAUGCUUAUUAAGAGGCAUAAGAGUGUAUGUGCCAAAACCGCUGAGAACUAGAAUAAUACAAGAAUUACAUUCGGGACAUUUUGGUGUAUCAAAAAUGAAGUCACUUGCCAGAGCGUAUUGUUGGUGGAAAAAUUUAGAUAAGGACAUUGAAAAAGCGACAUUGAAAAGGACAGAUCGGGCGACCAGAUGUAAAGAAAGAACCGGUUCAUUGCUGGUUACCUCCGAAGAAAGUUUUCGAAAGGGUGCAUGUGGAUUACGCUGGUCCCUUUUUGGGCAAAUAUUUUUUUGUACUGGUGGAUGCUUUUAGUAAAUGGCCGGAGGUAAGGAUAGUUCGAGACAUUACCACGGAGACAACAAUCGAAGUAUGUAGAAGUAUAUUUGCGCAAUUUGGAAUACCAAACAUUCUAGUCAGCGACCACGGGACGCAGUUCAAAAGCGCGAAAUUUCAAGAGUUUUUAAAACAAAAUGGUAUCAUGCAUAAGUUGGGGGCACCGUACCACCCUGCAACGAAUGGUCAAGCAGAACGUUUUAUACAAACUUUCAAGACCAAGUUGAAGGCAAUGCCUCGUAAGGAGGAGUUACAGCGGAAAAUUUAUCAAAUUUUAUUGGCAUAUCGACGAGCAAUUCACCCGGUCACGAAUAAAUCACCAGCUAUGACAAUGUUUGGGCGACAAAUACAAAGCAGAUUGGACCUCCUACUGCCCAACAAUGAAGUCCGAGACCCCGAAAGACAAAAAACUACAAGAGAGUUAGCAGUAGGAGACGCUGUAAUGGCUCGGGAUUAUAUGGAUAAGCUUAAGUGGAAGCCUGGAAUAGUAAGAGAGAGAAUUGGUGAUUUGCAUUACAAAGUGAGGCUGGAAGAUGGUAGGUGUUGGAACAGACACAUUGAUCAAUUGAGAAAGAUUAAUGGCAGAGUAAUGCUGGAUAACGAAGUUGAGGAAACACAUAGUGCUAGUUAUGAGCCAUCAGAUUUGACUUUGGAGAAGAGAGAGAACCCUACAAGUAUGAGUAAUGCGGAACGAGAAGCAACAGACGAAUGCGUGAUGUCAGACAAUCGAGAUCAGUCCUUCGCAACGCCCCCAAGUUCUCCGGGGUCAGCAUUCAUCGGAUUUGAAGAGCCAGCAGGGAAUGGCGAGGCAGUCAACAUAAGAACGAAUCCUAGGAGGAAUAUACGGCGACCUCAUCGACUAAAUGAUUAUGUUAUCGAUACGGAUUGAAAGAGAGGGGAGAGGUGUUGUAUACGUUACGUAUUCAGUAACUACUAAACUACUAUCGAUGUAAGCAUAUGUAAUAAACACCAUCACUCAGUUGUUAUGAGUUACCUGAA